AAAUAUUUUUAAUUAUUUAACAUUUAGGUUUCGAUUAAAUGUCUGGAAACGUGUGACAACAUACCACGGCAACGCUCUUGUGUUCGUGGACAAAAUUGUGAGUAGACGUUUGUGCUUUCAUAAUCGGCCAGACGAAACAACAGGUAUUAUCAAACAGCUCUUGAUAUUGCUUGUUGAAUUUUGCGUGGUGGGAGGAGGAUGAUGGUGGAAAGUGGACCCAACAUGUGGCAGCUGCGUGCAACUGGGCGAGGCAGGGGCUGUUCGUCGGAUCGGCGGCGGCGGCGCGGGCAGUGCGUUGUAUUAUUUGAUGAGCCAAAAACAACUUUUUGUUUCAAAUGCAUAAUUUUUCUUCCACGAAUAUUAGGUGUAGAGUUAAUCCACUACAAUGGAUGGAAUUUGUAA